AUUUAGUUGAAGUUCUUCUCUCCUAUCCAACGGUAGUAUUGUUACUUUUGGCUGGAUUUCCUUUGGUAUACUUUUUUGUUGUUGUAGUUCUUGAAUACUUACAACUGUCGUAUUAAGUAAUCCAUAAUACAUAAUCAGUGCUUUAAUCCUAUCAAUUAAUUAUAUUACUUAAGGAAUUAAACAUCUUUAUAAACCAUCAACAAACAUGUGCAACCUCAGGAAAGCCUCGUCCGCCCUUCAAAAGCUCUUCGUUUGCAGUUCUUUGAAAUAUGGACAGCCUAAUCACUCAAUCUUAGCAAAUCCAGCAAAUGGAUAUGCCAAAUUUUGGUGUCGUGCAACAACAACUGAAAAACUUCCAUUGGUCAUUGCAACACGUUAUAGCAUUCCAUUUUUACUUAACAAACCAGGUGUUGGUUAUUAUGUCUCAGGUGAAAUCUACGAAGUUGACAAUAAAAUGCUUGAAGUAUUGGACAAUUUGGAAGACUGUCAGGAAAUUUACUCCAGGGAAAUGCACAACAUGAACAUUGGUGUGGGAGAAGGAGAUGUUCCAUGCUGGGUUUAUUUGUUACAAAAGUAUCCUGAAAAACUUUUGUCACUUAACCACUUGUCAUCAUACGAAAACAGCGCUGCCCAUCCCUACGUAACAAGAAACAAGAGGACACACAAACAUCCGGCCAAUGAAGAUCUUUCUUACUCACUGGAAGCUAGCGCCUAAUUGGAUACAACUUUUAUGUUGAAGUUGAUAUAAGGAUAAUUUUUGAAUGAAAGCUCAGCACAUUACCAAAAGUGCAUUUUGUUUACUUUUUUCGGAACCUUCCAUUUUGUUUUUUUUUUUAUAUUUUUUUUUGUAAUUUUUAUUCUUAAAAAGCGAGUUACAUUAUGCUAUAUAAGAAAAUUCGUUGAAUAAAAUUGUAAGCUGUAAAUAAAAAUUUAUCGUAUAAUUUUUAUAUGAAAAUAAAGAAAUUCGCAGUUUAAA